UGCUUAUUGUAGGGGCCGGGCACAUGGUCAAUCCUGAACGUACAAGAAUGCGCAAAGGACGCAGAGAUGUCGUGGCGAGUGCGCGUGCGGCGACACAAGCUGAAUCGUACGCACGACGCUUUCAACGGCAACGUGUCCUUGUUAGAAGAUCUUGAUGAAUCGUACGGCGGGCGCCUAGAAAUAUGCAAGAUGGUGUUCGGUGGAUGCAAACCUUUCUCGACUCGGAAGACUGAUUGCUUGGCUGAAACAGUGAAAAAACAUGGCGAAGAGAGCGCGAGGAGAGUGUUUGCGUUCGUUGGGAUUGAUCCGCCGACAUUCCCUAUUCCGAAAGGAUUCUACCACGCAGUAAACUACGUAGCCAACAUGAGCAAUAUUCUCAAAGAAAGCGUGUACGGAGAAUUUAAGGCGGACUGUUACGUAGUGAAGGACGGGAUGGAUGUGGCGUGCCUACAGCUCUACGUCAAAUUCGAACCAGUUAACAACUAUGACAGCGAUCAAGACGAUGAUUAACAAGCAAUAUAGUAUACCAAAGCGAUAA